UUUCCUACAAUCACGCGUGCGUGAUUGCGCGGUGCGCGAUGCGUGAUGCGUGAUCGCGCAAAAGUUGAAACCACGAAAAACUAUGUAAGUGUUUAUUAAUAAUUCACGCGCGUGAAUAUUCGCGCGCGCGAUUGUCGAUCACGCACUCCAGUCACGCAGCUGUCGCCACGAAGUCAACUUCUGCGUGAAACGCAUUGCGGGAUUUCAUUUAUUUUAAUAUAUUAUUUAAUUAUUAUUUAAUAUAAUAUUAUUGUAUUAUAUGUUUUAUUUGAUUUUAUCAAUAUCAAGUCAAAUCAAACGGCAGGUAGAAUUUUGGUGAACUAUGGAGUCGAGGGCAUUUAAUGUUAUGGAUGACGAAAAACUCAUAGAAGUUGUUCGUAAUUAUCCUGUAAUUUAUAAAUUGAGUGACAAAAAUUAUAAGGAUAAUUGCAUUAAAGAUAAUGUUUGGAAAGAAAUUUCACAGUCUAUUGGAAAAAACGUAAAUGAUUGUAAGACAAGAUGGCGCACAAUAAGAGAUUCAUAUAAAAAAAAUUUAAAGAAACGAAGAUUAGGUACCGGUUCAGCAGCUACAACAAAAUCGAAGUACAAUGACGAUUCAUUAAGUUUUUUAGAUAACAUCGAAAACGAAAGAAGAACUACAUCGAACAUUUCAGUAGAAAAAAAAGCCUGCAAUGACAACACAAACUACUCAGAAAUGGCCGUAAAUGAUAGUUUUGACCAAACUGAAGAAAUCGAGCCAGAGAAGGAACUGUUACUUAAAAGUUCUGAACCAUUAUUAGAUAUGCCCAUUGAUGACAAACUACCAAAUACAGAAAUAAACCAUAGUUUGAUAGAUUCAUUUACAAAACCGUGCGAAAAAAAAAACAACACGAAGAGCUCAAGAUAAAAUAUUAGAUGAAAUUAAAAAAGGACGAGAGGAGCGAUUGGCAGCGUUAAGAGAAAUGAAACAACAAGAAUCUAUUGAUCCAAUUCAAACUUUUUUUAAAAGUAUGGCGUCAACGGUUUCAAUGUUUCCUCCAGAAUCAGUUGUGGAAGCCAAAAUGAGGAUAUUUAACAUUGUUUCCGAAAUGGAAUUACGCUUAUUAAAAACAAAGGCUACCACGAGUACACCACCUGUAGAAACAAUGACAUCAACAUCAACAUUUUCAUCGAAUCUGCAAGUUCCUACAAUACUUGCCGAUGAAUCUUCGUGUUCCACUACGAUGUCAAGUGUUUCGGACAUUUCAAAUCCUACUCCAUCUGCGAAGUCCAAUUUUUCUUAUUUAAAAUAUCUCGAAGAAUAUUAAUUUUUUUAUUUUUAUUAAGCAAGUUUAACAUUUUUCAUGCACAGUUUUAUUUUAUUUUAUUUUGAAAAAAAAUUAUUUUUUGAUAUUUUAUAGUUUGAAAAUUACCAGAUUGGUACGAAGUUAGUAUAUAUAUUAUUUUAUUUUAUUAAAAUGAAAUCUCCAUAUAACAUUGGUGUAAAUUUAAAUAUUUAUUAUUUUUUGUUGCUUUAUUUUAAUUACUAUUAACGCUCAGUGGUUAGGACUUAGGUUAGAUAUAUUCCAAGUUCUAAAUAAAUAAUAUGUAUGUAUUUUUUAAAUGAAUCAUUCUAUCAAUAUCAGAAUAAUAUAAUUGAAAUGGAAAAUUACCCAAAUAUUUAUUGUCCCUUUCUUAUUUUGAUAAAUAUACCUAUAGUACAAUAAUUUUACUUACCUUAGAG